UGUCCGUGUAGCCAACCUCGGAAAGGCAGAAGCUGCUGCGCUUCAGCCCUCCUGAACAAGCCAAUGAUAAUGCAUUAAGGAAUCGAAUAUAAACCGAAAGAACAGAACUAACGACGUCCCGGAAAACUUCGAAUCUCGGUUUUUCUUCUUCUAAUCGUUCUUAUUUCUCAAUGGCGAAUGCCUGGAAAAGAGACAAAACCCCACCACUGCUCACCCCUAGAAACCUGCUAUUGUUCUUCCCGAUCUCUGUCCUCCUCAUUUUCGUCAUCGUAUUCAUUUUUCGAAGCUCAAAUUCAACUCCUAGUCUCGGCGAUCAGAUCUCCUUCAAAAACCCAAUUCCAUUUCGUUCAAUCGAACCUUUUGACUGCUUCAAAUGCCCACAGUCCUAUCCUGUUAUAGCUAACCUUGUCGAAGGCGUCCGCUAUCCGUUCCUCUACUCUCUCGCCGAUCUAGGUACUCUCCCCGACAAACCCCACAAGAAUAUCGUUCGAUUACUCAAGGGGAAGCCCUUUAGGAAACCUGACAUUUCCGUAACAAUUCAAGAGGUUCUAAUGCAGAAGAUGGGACAUACUGGUGGUGGUGAGAAUGAUGGUUAUAUUGUUGAUGUCGGUGCCAAUGUUGGAAUGGCGACUUUUGCUGCUGCUGCGAUGGGGUUCAAAGUUUUGGCAUUUGAGCCGGUGUUUGAGAAUUUGCAGAGAAUCUGUGAUGGUGUCUUCUUGAAUCGGGUUGGGAAUCGGGUUACUUUAUUUGAAGCCGCUGCUUCGGAUCGUCUGGGAAAUAUCACCUUCCAUAAGUUGGUUGGGAGGCUAGAUAACAGCGCUGUUUCUGCUACUGGUGCAAAGUUGGCAUUCAAGUCCAAUGAGGAAAUUGAGCUUCAGGUGCGAUCCAUUCCUCUAGAUGAAGUGAUCCCAGAAUCAGAAAGGGUACUUUUGCUCAAGAUUGAUGUUCAAGGUUGGGAGCACCAUGUAUUGAGAGGAGCCUCAAAGCUCUUGUCCAGAAAGAAGGGCGAAGCCCCAUAUUUGAUCUAUGAGGAAGAUGAGCGGCUCCUACAAGCCAGCAAUAGCAGUGCGAGAGAGAUCCGUGAGUUCCUUGGAAGUGUAGGUUACCAUCAUUGCACACAGCAUGGAAACGAUGCUCACUGCACCAAGGAUUAGAGGUUUACACGCUAAGGACUUCAAAGGACCUCAAACAUUACAGUGCUCUCCUAUUUUCCCUUUUGUAGUAGAGUGUAUCACUUGUCAUCUCUACUGUGACCUGUAUGGCAAAAAGAGGAUGUUGAAAAGAGGACGUGAAUACCAGGGGGAAUUGGAUUGCGGCACUAAUUUCUGACCGGUUCAUGCAUCAAGAGAAAGCACAUUCAUACUUUCAGAAGCUGAUUUCCAAACUCCGUUUCUGACCUCAGUGCAUAUUUCUGGCUUUAAACAUUUCUUCUUGUUUGAUCCUCUGUUCCAAUUUGUUGUACGUGUAAUGUGUUGCAUUGCUAAACUCUGGCAUGAUAUUCUGCAUUAAGUUCCACGCACUGAAUUGAUGUAGGAAAAAGAACAAAAAGGAAAAAAAAAAGGAGGGUGUGGUAAUCUACUUCCUUACUUCACUGGGUUGGUAUGGGCCAUGUUACAAUCUGGUUAUAUCUGUCUUCAAAAGUUUGCCACAUGAAUUAAGAGCCUUCAGGCAUUUCAAAUC